AUGCGCGCAACGACCCGCGGCGCCCUGCAUCACCUCCUCCCGCGACGAGCUGUCAAAGCCCACGACCUCCCUCCCCUUCCCCCGCACGCCGUCCUUCAUUCGACGACGAGAUUCACCGAGAAGAAGAGCGCCUUCGAGGGCCAUGCCGUCCGCGUCAAGUCGGUCGACGAGGCGACACUCGCGCUGCAGCACAUCCUCACGGGCAAGAAGAUGAGCAAGGCUACGCACCACAUCCUGGCCUGGCGCUUCUCAUCGGCAUCGGCCUCAUCAAGCUCGACGUCGGCGGCCGGCAGCGACUGCGACGGCGAGCCGCCGGCGGGCAAGAACCUUCUCGAGCUGCUCCACAAGCUGAACGUCGAGGACGUCCUUGUCGUCGUCACGAGGUGGUACGGCGGCGUGCCCAUGGGUCCUGACCGCUUUCGGGUCAUCAACGCCGUUGGCAAGGACGCUCUCGCUCUCGGCGGGUUCCUGUCGCACGGACGAGGGACGGGCAGCAAUACGCAGGGCUGAAAGUGCAAGAGAGGCUCGAGAGCCGGAGGAACGACAAGGGGGCAGGCAAGACGAGGACAGAGUGUCUAGAGGGGUGGCUGGAACAGAGACAGAUGCGGGUAUCGACAAUGAAACGAGAGCACAACAGGUCUG